AUGGUCUGGCCCACGGAAUUUGAUGUUAAACUGGAUGAAUAUGACGCUAUGGAUUUGCCUGGUCAACAACUUCAAUCUGCCCAAGCUAAUACAACUUUAGAUCAUAUUCUAAACCUUAAUAUAAGCGCUCCAGCUGGCUGUCAGCGUCUCACUGGCAUUGUUUCAUUCAUGGGUAAAUCAACAUACGACGUAGAAGUCAUGGAGAAAAUGAUAGCCGCUGGAAUGAACAUCGCACUUCUUAAUCUUUCAUUCGGUAACAAGGACGAACACAUGGAAACUAUAAAGAAUCUUCGUGAAGCAGUUAAAAGUUAUAGCAUCAAAUGUGGUAAAAAAUAUCCAUUGGCAAUCGGUGCCCGACUCCCUGGUCGAAAAAUAAGAACUGGUUCUAUUGCUGAUACUUACGGUGAUUCUGUCGAACUUAAGACUGGUGAAGUGGUACGUCUAACGACAGAUGAAACUUAUAGAGACAGAUGUUCCAACUACACCGUGUACAUAGACUUCAUGCAUUUCGCCGAACAGAUGGAUAAAGGGAACUUGGUGUUAUUGGACAAUGAAACUAUCAAACUUAAAGUUGAAAUGAUAUCUGCCACGACAUUAACUUGCAAAGUUGAAAGAGGUGGUUUCCUAGGAUCCUAUAAAGAUGUCUUUGUUCCUAACGUCACAUUUGAUAUGCCAAAUUAUUCUGAACAUGAUAAAGAAUACAUUGAUAUGGCCAUUCAUAUGCAAUUGGACAUUCUUGUCGCGUCUUUCGUAAACUCGUCUAAUACUAUUACUGAGCUCAGGCUCUUAAUGGGGGAGAAAGGAAAGAAAAUAGCUAUUGUUGCCAACAUCCAAACUAUUCAAGGUUUUCACAACUUCGAUGACAUUCUAUCGGCUGCCAAUGGCAUAAUGAUAACACGACAAGAAUUAGGUUCUGAUAUAACUCCCAAGAAGUUAGUAAUAGCACAGAAAAAUAUGAUAGCUCGUGCAAACAUGGCAAACAUUCCAAUAUGUGUGAGUGCGCAUUUAUUAAGUAGCAUGCGUCACAACAGUAUACCUCUUAGAGCAGAGUUAUUGGAUAUUGCGAACUGUAUCCUCGAUGGCGCUGAUGCCCUGGUACUUUCGGCAGAAACUGCUGUCGGAGAUUAUCCUGUUGACACUGUAGAAUGCAUGGCUACCACAUGCAAAGAAGCUGAAGCCUGUGUUUGGACUAAACAAGUUUUUCAUGAUAUGUUUGAUAAGACAACGCAACCUUGUGAUCAAGCAACGGGCACUGCACUAGCUGCAGUGAUUGCAGCGCAGCGUUGUCUUGCAGCUGUCAUAGUUGUUAUUACAACUUCUGGUAAAUCUGCACAAAUAGUUGCCAAAUAUCGACCACGAUGCCCAAUUAUUGCACUUACAAGGUAUGCUGCUAUUGCCAGAAGUCUACAUAUGUGGAGAGGAAUAAUACCAUUGAUAUAUGAAGCUGGGCCGGCUGUGGAUUGGCAAAUGGAUUUGGAAAAUCGCGUACACUUUUGCACUAAAUGGGCAAUGGAGCAGGGCUUUUUGAGAAUUGGGGAUCCUGUUAUUGUGGUUUCGGGCUGGAGACAGGGCUCUGGGUUUACUAACACCACAAGAAUUAUUUAUGCCACUGCUGACACCGCUAACUAA